AUGCAGUACGUGCGCAACCUGUCGGACUCUGUCUCGACAGCAUGGAACUCCAUAAAUCCAGCCACCCUCAGCGGUGCCAUCGACGUGAUAGUGGUAGAGCAGGAAGACGGCACUCUGUCAUGCUCGCCCUUCCACGUCCGCUUCGGCAAGUUCUCGCUCUUGCGCCCCUACGAGAAGAAGGUCGAGUUCAGGGUCAAUGGCAAGAAGCAGGACUACGCCAUGAAGCUGGGCGAGGGCGGCGAGGCCUUCUUUGUGUUCGAGACUAGCGACACCAUCCCCCAGAGUCUGCAGACGUCGCCUCUUGUGUCCCCUGCGUCGAGCCCACCGCUAGAACCUUCAACACCCGGGAGGGCCGCUACUAUGCCGCCUGCUUUGCAAGAACCGCCACUGUUGGACUUGGAGGACUUGGACGCUGAAAGGGACGCCGAAAGGGACAUUGACAAGCUGUCAUCCACGAGUUUCACCAGACCGCUUCCUGGGCCGAUCUACUCGAGCUCAGCACCGCGGGAAAAGGGGAUACUCUCCCCAAUGAUGACAUCGCCCGAACUCUCGGGUGGCAGGCCCGUCUCAGGGGACUGGUCUUCGCUCCGACCACACAGCGAUGAUAUACUGCGCGAGUCCGCGCGCCAUAAGCGCAAAGAGUCCAAUCUGAAUGAAACAACCGACCUUCCCGAUCUCUCCGACAGAUCCCACAGCCCCCCACCGUUGCCACCGAGCGAGGCCCUCGAGCGCGCAAUAAACUUGUCGAGAGAGCUGCAGGCUGUGAACCUGCCCACUCAUGUCACCGAGACGGGCGAUCUCAUGUUGGAUAUGACUGGGUUCAAAAACAAUGAGGAGGAUGCCAUCCACGCCGAAAUCCUAGCCAGGAAGGUGCUGUCUCAGGAGCUUGAGGGAAACUACGAUAUUGGCGCGCUUUUCGGAAUCGAUGAGCACGGAAAUCUCUGGAUAUACAGCAGCGAGGAGGCCAAAGAUGCAGCCAUGCGCAAGACAAUGGAGUCUGCUUCUGGACUUCGAUCCCAGACCUUCGACGCCGAUGCGGUGUCUGACCCGGGCUACCAUAGCGAUGACAGCAGCCGCGACUCUGCGACGGCUGUGUUCCCAGGCCACCGCCGAACUGAGUCGGAUGUGGGCCACGGUAUGGAUUUGCAAACUCCGCCUUCGUCACCCGGCUCGAGCAAGGCCGGCCGUAGCGGGAUGGGCGAUCCAAACAUCAACUAUGCCAAGACCCUGCGCCUGACUAGCGAUCAGCUGCAUGCCUUGAAUCUGAAGCCCGGCGAGAACUCCAUGAGCUUUACGGUGAAUCGCGCGACUUGCUCGGGGUCUCUUUACUUGUGGAAACACGACACUCCGGUGGUGAUCUCGGACAUCGACGGAACAAUCACAAAAUCCGACGCUUUGGGCCACGUGCUAAACAUGAUAGGGCGUGAUUGGACACACGCUGGGGUUGCAAAGCUCUAUUCGGACAUUGAAGCCAACGGCUAUAAUAUCAUGUACCUCACCUCACGCUCAGUUGGACAAGCGGAUACCACCCGCGCGUAUUUGGGCGGCAUUGUGCAGGAUGGCUACAGACUGCCCCGGGGCCCAACGAUCUUGUCCCCAGACAGGACAAUGGCAGCGCUGAGGCGGGAAAUAUACCUGCGCAAGCCGCAGGUAUUCAAGAUGGCCACCUUACGCGACAUACGUAAUCUGUAUGGCGCGGAUACCCACCCUUUCUACGCCGGCUUCGGCAACCGUCUUACGGAUCAAAUUUCGUAUCGCACGGUGGACGUUCCGAGGACGAGGAUCUUCACGAUUAACUCGAACGCCGAGGUGUCACUCGACCUUCUGUCGCUCAACAAGCUCAAGCUGUCCUACGUGUCCAUGACGGACGUGGUGGACCACUACUUCCCGCCUGUGUCCACGAUCGUCAAGGGCGGCGGGGAGGAGUACACCGACUUCGCCUACUGGCGCGACAAGCCGCUCGACAUGGACGAGUUCUCGGCGUCCGAGUCUGACUCAGACGACGAGGACGCCCGCCGGAGGCCGGCCGACCUCGAGAGCCAGUACGCCGAGGACGACGACGAGGAGGUCGAAGGGGACGGACUCGCGGACUCGUACAUCUCGCGGGGGUCAUACGAUGACGGGUAUGGCUAUGCUGAGGGCGAUGGCGAGGGUGACGGCGAGGGCAGCGUGUUCAGCGGCGAUUACGAUGAGGAGCAGCUCGACGGCGGUAUGAUGGGGAGCCUAGUGCUUGAAGAGGAGGACGCCGACGACGAGGACGACGAAGACGAAGACGAUAUGGGCGAGGCAGAGCAAACGGAGGAAGAGGCGCAAAUGCUCUCGCCGCCGAAAGCGGUGGCGCCGCCUAGGGCCCCGUCACCCAAGGUCGCGGUCGAGGAUCUCAGCGCCGAGAUGAUCACGGGGAUGAUGAAUCUCUCCGUGGAGAAGGAGCUUGAGAGGUGA